UCAAUCUCAAAAAGUUCCCAUCAUCCUUGGCUUUUAACAUAAAGUUUUCUAACUUGUUCAAAACACCCCAUUCUUCUCAUUAUUGAGAAAACACCUCUACAGGCUUCAUGACAGAAAGGUUCUGCUGCAUGGUAAUGAGGAUCAACAUUGACUGCAACGGUUGUUACAGAAAAGUAAGAAGAGCCCUUCUUGAAACCCAAGAGUUGGAUACUCAUUUGAUAGAGAUGAAACAGAGCAAGGUAAGCGUUUGUGGGAAAUUUAAACCCCAAGAGAUAGCCAUUAAAAUAAGGAAGAAGACGAAUCGUAGAGUGGAGAUAUUGGAAAUACAAGAAUUUAGCAUCAAUAAUGGACAAAGUCAUGAGGAGAAGCCAUUGAUGAUCUCUUCUUCUUGGAAUCUUGAAUCCAACCAAAAUCCAUUUGCAACAUGUACAUGAUAAUUAUAAAUGUAUAGAAACAAAAUAAGAUUAUUUGGUAGCUGUGAUCGAGUGAGAAUUAACUUGUUUUGUCUUU